AUGCCGCGUGGACACGGACGACGACGCAGGAAAGAAGUCGAAGAAGAUUCCGCGGAGGCGGUGGAACGUGCGCAAAGAACAGUGAUCUUCUCCAAGACAAAGAUGUGCAAGUUCCAUAUCCUUGGAGCUUGUACAAAAGGCGACAGCUGCAAGUUUGCCCACCGCAAAGAUGAGCUGCAAGACCUUCCAGAUUUAGCGUGUACGAAACUUUGUAAGAUGCUGAUCAGCACAGGUUCGUGCGAUGAUCCGAAUUGCCGAUAUGCACAUAAUCGCGCAGAGCUCAAAGAAAUACCGGGAUUGCCCUCUCCGCUUAUGGACCAGCUACGGGAGACGGAGGCCUCUCAAUUGGCCGAUGCAGCUAAAGCUGCGGCCAAAGCUGCUGCAGAGAGCAACAACCCGCAGCGUCAGAGAAGCAACGAGGAAAUCCAGCGCAAACUGCGUCAGCAGCUGUCCUUGCUGGAGCAAACAACUAGCUCCAGUCAGCCAGCACAUGUAGCGCAGUCGACCAGAGUUCAGGAAGCUUCCAGUACUCUGCCAACCGGCUUGACACUGCAAGCAGUGCCAGCCACGCUUGCGCCUGGCGGCGAGGUCGCACAGCUGUUUCCGCUGCAGUUGGGCGGUGCUUUCCUGAGCCCGGCACCCUUGGACGGCGGACUUCUGGUUAAUUUGUCGAACAUGGUUGCUGCACAGGUACAGGCAGCACCUGCGGUGCCCUGGGCCACACCGUUGAUCGCAGCUCCCACACAGCCGGCGCCGAUUGCUGCCGGGUCCGGGACCGCCCCGGGAGCCCGGAUCUCUCCAAGGUCAGAAGCACCUCAACCUGCCAAGACCAAAGCUUUGCCCACGAAAGCAGGUUCCGCAAAGGCAUGCGCCACAAAGCAGGAGAAGCGCCAAGGGCACAAGUCGGCAUCAGGAGUUCUCGAACAGCAUGGGACCCAGACCCAGGCUGGGAAGGUCUUGUCGCUCGCAAGCGAGUUGCCCAAGCCGGACACCCAUCUGGGCGCCCAUCUCAAUGUCGACACGCGACUGCAAGAUCAAGUGCAGACGGCGCAGCAACUGCAGAUGCAGCUGCAGCAACAGCAGGAAAUACAAAGGCAACUGCGAACGCAACUGUCCAACCAAACUUCGAAGGAGAAGCGGAGCCAGGAGCCGAAGGCAAAGUCACCACAGCUCUGUCCUGCGACUCCAAGUCAAGAGCCCCGCAGCAACCAGCAGGUUUUGCAAAGCGAGUGGAGUGCUGCGGGCAGCUCACAUGAGUCGAACCCGCGGUUAGGGGUCAAGAGCACAACUUUCGAUGUGGAUGCCGAUACAUCGACUCCGACAGCUCCGUACCACCGCAUCAAUACGUGGAGCGGAGGUUUGAACGAACUGGAGGAGGACUUGCUGAACGAUCCUGUUCUCGAGCUUGGCCCACUGGACAAGGUGGAGCAAGCCACCCUUCAGCUUGGGCCCUCUCCAAGGCCACCGCAGAAGGAGCUGCUGCGUGGCCUCCAUUGUGUCCCGGAACACCAGCGUUUGAACGGGAUGGGUCGUCAGAUCUCCGAGUGCUCCGAGACGUCCGUGACGUCCACCGACACCCCCACGCGCACCGAGAAACGGCAUCAGGACACGCCGCUUGGGUGGGGAAGGAAAGCCGACAGCCGAGGGUCCUCGCCCUUCUCCGCGGUCCACGAAGCCCCCGAGCUUGAGGCCGCUUUGGUCCACCGCGUGUGGGCAUGGACAUUGGAUGACAUUUCGCAUGUUACCGCCAUGAAUGCAUCGACUGGCCUUCACAGAACGGGCUGCUGCUUCUGGAUUCAUGUUGCCGACAUUCGUGCCCGACAGAUGCCAUUUUCUUUUGAGGGAGGAGCUGGGACUAUUUCCAUUUAG